AUGCGUCAACUCAAACACCACGAGCAGAAGCUGCUCAAGAAGGUCGAUUUCCUCAACUGGAAACAAGAUGCUUCGUUGAGAGAGGUCAAGGUGAUGAGAAAGUAUCAUAUACAGGAUAGAGAGGAUUAUCAUAAAUAUAACAAGAUAUGCGGUUCUCUCCGAUCAUUGAUACACAAACUAUCGUUAUUGCCAGCAAAAGAUCCGUAUAGGGAACAGAGAGAGACGGAGAUGUUGAAUAAAUUGUAUGAUAUGGGUAUUUUAGAUGUCGGUGCCAAACCAUCGGAUAUCGAAAACAAAGUCACUGUAUCGUCAAUCGCCAGGAGAAGAUUGGCAGUAGUGGUAGCAAGGUUGAAGAUGGCAGAAACUGUUUCGGAUGCUGUUGAAACAAUCGAGCAAGGGCAUGUCCGAGUGGGACCUACGCCCGUGACAGACCCAGCGAUGUUGAUCACUCGUCAUAUGGAAGACUUCGUCACUUGGGUAGACACCAGUGCGAGAAAGAGAACUAUUAUGAAGUACAACGACGAGCUCGACGACUUCGACCUGUUAUAA